AGGUGACUAUUACAUGGUUAAGAAACUCUUAGAGGAAAACAGCUCGGGCGAAAUGAACAUAAAUUGUGUAGAUGUGCUUGGACGAAAUGCUGUUACCAUAACCAUUGAAAAUGAAAACUUGGACAUACUACAGCUUCUUUUGGAUUAUGGCUGCCAGUCAUCGGAUGCACUUUUGGUGGCUAUUGACUCGGAAGUGGUGGGAGCUGUUGACAUUCUACUUAAUCACCGACCAAAAAGAUCCUCAAGACCAACCAUUGUAAAACUAAUGGAACGCAUUCAGAACCCAGAGUACUCGACGACUAUGGAUGUAGCACCUGUCAUUUUAGCUGCUCAUCGUAACAACUAUGAAAUUCUCACCAUGCUGUUAAAGCAAGAUAUAUCGUUACCCAAACCUCAUGCUGUAGGCUGUGAAUGCACACUGUGUACUGCAAAGAACAAAAAAGAUAGUCUACGACAUUCCAGGUUUCGUCUUGACAUUUAUCGGUGUUUGGCCAGUCCUGCUUUAAUAAUGUUGACAGAAGAGGAUCCAAUCCUGCGAGCUUUUGAACUUAGUGCAGACUUGAAAGAAUUAAGCCUUGUUGAAGUUGAAUUCAG